AUGGCCGAGACGCCACACGAGACUCCGGUCGCCUCGGUGAAGCGCCCGCUCGAGGAGCCAUCCUCCCCUUCUGCACCCACCGACCAGCCCGAGGCAAAGCGCCCAGCACUCGACAAGACGAAGCCAGAAGAAGAAACCGAACCGGUCAUUGCGAAGCAAGAGGCCGAUGACGCCGACAAGCAAGGUGACACUGUUGUUCCUGAUGCGCCUGGCAACCGCCUUCCGACAGAAUCGCCAGCGCCCAAUGCACUGCCUCCCAACCCCGCCCCUUCUGCCAAUGGACAAUCGGACAGCCGAGCCUCUGCACCAGCUCCUAUGCCCUAUCAUCAGCAAGACGAGUCCAACUGGCUCCAUGUUCGUGCCAUCAUCUCUAGUGCGGAAGCUGCCACCGUCAUCGGCAAGGGCGGUGAGAACGUCACCCAGAUCCGCCGCCUGGCCGGAGCAAAGUGCACUGUGAGCGAGUACACACGCGGUGCAGUUGAGCGCAUUCUUACGGUCAGUGGUCACGUGGAUGCUGUUGCCAAAGCAUUUGGUCUCAUCAUUCGCACCCUCAAUCAAGAGCCUCUCGAGCAAGCCUCCACACCACAGUCCAAGACAUACCCACUUCGCCUUCUGAUCCCGCACAUCCUUAUUGGCUCCAUCAUCGGCAAGCAGGGCGUUCGCAUUCGCGAGAUCCAAGAAGCGUCUGGUGCCCGACUCAAUGCUUCCGAAUCCUGCCUUCCUCUGUCCACCGAGCGCUCUCUUGUCGUCCUUGGUGUUGCAGACGCUGUACACAUCGCUACUUACUACGUUGGCAGCACCCUCGUUGAGCAGUUGACUGAUCGCUUUGGUGGUCCAGCAGCCUCCAACUAUGCCGGCCGUCAUGGAGGCCCACAAGGUGUCGUCCCAGGCGGCAUGCAGGUAGUUCCAUACGUGCCUCAGAACACUGGCGGUCAAAUGGGUCAUCCGGAUAACUUCCGCAAGCACAGCAAUGGACCACCACGAACUCCGGCCAAUCCUUACGGACAGCCAUACAUGCACGGCCAGCCACCACAGCAGCAUCCUCAGCAGCCGAUGCAUUACGGUGCUGCUUCGCCUCGCGCUCCAUACGUGGGCGCUGGUCCUCAACAACCUCAGCCAUAUGGUCAUGCCGCACCAUCGCAAGCCCACGCAGGGCCGCCUCAGCAGCCGGUCCAGGGUAUGGUUCCCGGCCAGCCCAUCACCCAACAGAUCUUCAUUCCUAACGACAUGGUCGGCGCGAUCAUUGGCAAGGGAGGAGCGAAAAUUAACGAGAUCAGACAACUUUCUGGCAGUGUCAUCAAAAUCAACGAACCACAAGACAACAACAACGAGCGACUCGUCACCAUUACUGGAACCCAAGAAUGCAAUCAAAUGGCUCUCUACAUGCUGUACUCGAGACUGGGUGAGUCAAGUAAGAAUUCUAACUCUAUCAUGCCACGAUAG